CGUUCUUGGGCUCAGCGACCCUCCGACGCCCGCACGCCCGCGCGCCCGCGCGCUGCGCCCGCGGAUGCUUUGCGGCAUGGAAGGGACCAGCGCUUGGCUCUUGCCAGCGCCAUGGUCGACGGCGCAGGCCUCGGAGUCCAAGGACCCAGUCUUCGUGCCGGUGAAUUGCGCGCCGAGCGCCGGUUGCCACUGGUCGGUGGACGAAGUGGCAUUCGUCAGUACCGAGGACGCCGCCAAGGAGGCCCUGGCAUGUCAGGUUCCCUCCUUGGUGCGACUGGCGGGCAAGGGCGAUCUCGCAUCCGUGCUAGAGUUGCUGAAUCGGGGUGAGGACCCUGACAUCGAAGAUGACUUCGGGCUCACCGCUUUGCACUGCUCGGCCAAGAAGGGCCACGCCAAGAUCGUGGAGCUGUUGCUGGAGCGUGGCGCCAAAGUCAGCCCCAGCGCUCGGAACUGGAAAGGUGAAAUGCCGAUCCAUUAUGCCUGCAAGUACGGUCACACGAAGGUCCUGAGGAUCCUGCUAUCGUCUAGAGCAGAUCCACAUGUACUUACGCAGGAUGGACAGUCCCCGUUCGACUUGGCAAAGGAGAGGAGUCAUACGGCCUGCCUAGAAGCCUUGGCAAGUGGAGAAACACCAUGACUUCUCGCGUCGCGUCGCAUCUUCCAGAACUGUUACGAAUAUUUGCAUCUUUGAACAGCAUCGAGGUGGGAGCAAUUGAAAAGCCUGCCCGAUGCGAGGCACUGUGGUACGACGUGUGCAGCUUGGAGA